GCGGGCGGCCCCGCCCCGAGGUUUGAGGCUGGGGGGGGGUAAGGGGGGGUCGGUACCGGGUUGUACUGGGGUGUACUGGGCCAUACUGGGCCGUGCCGGGCGGGUGGCAGCGGGGAUCGCUGCCGUGAUGGAGCGGUUCGUGGCGGGGAACCGAGCGGCUCUGCAGGAAUGGCUCCCGGCCAGGUCUCCUCCCGAGGACACUUGGGGAAGUCUGGUGGCAGCUGGGAGAUGGGUGGCACCUGCAGGACCAUAUCCAGCGUCACCAGGAGGUCCACGUGGUGAUGGGAAACGAAGCCUGUGACCUGGACUCCACCGUCUCAGCCCUGGCCCUGGCUUAUUUCUUAGCCAAGACCUCCCCGGCUCCCGCCACCACCUUCAUCCCUGUGCUGAACAUCCCCCGGGCUGAGCUGCCCCUGCGGACCGAGGCCGUGUUCCUGCUGGGGGAGCAGGGGAUCCCCCCCACCUCCCUCAUCUGCCGGGAUGAGAUCGACCUGGGGGGGCUGCACACUGCCGGGCUGCUCUCCCUCACCCUGGUGGAUCACCACGUCCUGCCCAGCACCGACGCAGCCCUGGAAGAGGCAGUGGUGGAGGUUCUGGAUCAUCGCCCGCUGGACCGGGACCGAGCUCCCCGCUGCCCGCUGACGGUGGCACCCGUGGGCUCCUGUGCCACGCUGGUGACCGAGCGCAUCGCCCAGGGUCCCCCGGGGGUGCUGGACAGGGUGACAGCCGCCCUGCUGCACGGCACCAUCCUCCUGGACUGCAUCAACCUCAGCCCGGCCGCCGGGAAGGCGACACCCCGGGACGUGGCGUGUGUCUCGCUGCUGGAGGAGAGGUUCCCAGACCUGCCAGCCCGGGACAAGGUCUUUGAAGCCCUCCAAGCAGCCAAGUUUGAUGUCUCAGGGCUGACGACGGAGCAGAUGCUGCGGAAAGACCUCAAAGUCCUCUCUGCUGACGAUCUGCUCCUCCCCAUCAGCGGCAUCUACGUUGACCUGGAGACCUUCCUACGCCGUCCGGGCUUCCUGCAGGACCUGGAAGCUUUCUGCCAAGCCCAGGGAUACGCCGGGCUGGUGGCCAUGACCAUCUCCUUCAACCAGCAGCUGGAGCCCUCCCGCCAGCUCGCCGUCUACAGCCCCCGCCAGACCCUGCGCAGCGCCGUGUGCCGGGCGCUGGAGGAGGCGUCGGAACCGGCCCUGAACCUCCGUCCCCUGCCCAGCCCCUGGUCCUGCCUGGCCGCCUACACCCAGGGCAACGCUUGGGCAUCGCGGAAGAAGGUGCUGCCCAUCCUGCGGGCGGCCCUAGGGGGGAGCUCGGGGGGUGCCGGGGGGGUCCUGGAGGAGGAGGUGGUCCCCCCACCCACCCCCAUGAACAGCUUGGUGGAGGAAUGCCCGCUGGCACAGCCCGUGCCCCCCCUCUGCCCCCAGGACGUCCUGGAGCGGGUCAGCCGCAUCGCUGCUGGGCAGCCCCCUGGCUCCCCCAAAUGAGAGGAGGGGGCUGAAGGUAGGGGGGGGUCCCAGGCAGGACCCUGCGGGGUGUCUGGGCAUAGGGGGGGUCACAGCCACCUCUGUUAGUGCUCAGCUCCUGCUGGGAAUGGGUCCUCAUUCCCGUUUGCCCCCCAGUCCCCAUGGGGUUGGGUCCCCUCGGGUGGGUUUUUGGGGACCCCAUGAGCAGAGGGGCGUGGGCAGUGCUUGCACCCACGUAAUGAAGGCACUGAGGGGGGGGGGGAUUAAUGAGUUCUUGCUGUUCUUCCUCCCUUGGGGGGGCCGAGGGGGACCUGGGGUGGUGGGUCAGGACGUGUGGCUGGCCAGGGACUGUCCCCAAGGAUUAAAUUUCCCUUUUCUCCCA